AUGUCUGAACACACUCAACCCAUUCAGCCCACUCAGUUUGAUCAAUUUGAUCAACCUACUCAAUCUACUCAAUCCACUCAACCCACUCAAUUUGAUCAAUUCACACAACCCACACAUACUGUCCAACCUGUUCACACUGUCCAGCCCGUCCAACCUGUCCAGCCCGUCCAACCUGCUCACACUGUUCAGCUCGUCCAACCUGUUGAACCCACACAUACUGUCCAGCAUGAUCAGAAGAAUACUGUCAAGAUGGUCGAGGACGAUCAUCAGGUCCAAGCUGGUUCCCAUUCUCAAUCGCUUAACCCAAACGUUAUCAUCAACAGUGCACUUGAUGGCUUUGCUGAACUAAGUUCAAAAAUCAAUCCAUUCGCACAGAAAAUCGGAAAGAGUCUUGGACAAGCCAAACAGUACGCACAAGAGAAGUUGGGUACAGCUGACGAUGUCACAGAACUUCCGCAAGAAUACAAAGAUCUUGAGAACCGGGUAGAUAUUUUGCGAAAUGUUCAGGCCAAUUUGGUCAAAAUAACCCGUACAUACGGUAACCCUUCCCAUGAUUAUCCCGUCCAAUUACAAGAAUCCUUAUUGGGACUCACGUCUUCAGUCACUCGAGAGAUCCAGAACAUGACUCUUUCGACAACAGAGAGAUCCAACGCCACAACCACACCCCCAGCUACAGCCGCAGCCGCAGCCGCAGACACCGCCACCGCCACAGCCACCGCCACAGCCACAGCCACAGCCACAGCCACAGACAAUUCGUCUUCCAACUCUUCCUCUCAUUCUACUCAUUCUGCUGGUAGUAUUGCAGAUCAAAAGCUGCACCCAAAGACACUUUCACAUGCCUUGGCACGCGUGGCCGGGCAGGGAGCAGAGCAAGUCGGGCUGGAGGACCACUACGGGACCGCAUUGUUCAAGGUAGCCACUAUCACCGAAAAGGUUGGCAAUGCUCAGCUGGCGAUGGAUGAUGCCAUCACAACAAAAUUCACCCAACCAAUGCAGGCCAAUCUUGCGACAGUUAUUGAGCAGGCCCUCAAGGCUAGACGCAACGUCCAGUCUUCCAGAUUGGCGCUCGAUACAGUCAAGGCAAGAUAUAAGGCAACAACUCGCCUAGACAAGGAAGAGGCUAUUCGUCUGGAAGUCGAAGAGGCCGAGAAUCAGUUUGUGGCAAUGGUAGAAGAGGCCACAAGUUUGAUGAAAGCCGCAUUAGAUAAUCCUGAGCCUUAUCGUAAUCUCACAGACCUUGUGGCAGCUCAGGAUGCUUAUCACAAGGAAGCACAUGAACUUUUAUCUGAACUCACACCUGAAUUGGAUGCCCUUCGAGUAGCGCAGGAAUCCCACUUUCACCAUCACUAA